AAACAAGCCAAACAUCAGGGACUCGCUCUUCAUGUCGAGCAGAUAAAGCAGAAGCUGCUCCCUCUUAUUCUUUUAAACUCCAUUUUUCUUUCUCUUCGCCACCAUCUCGUGUUUAUACAUCAUUCUGCGUGCCACUGAUACUGCCAUUGUGUCGUCGCUGGAUCUGCACGUACAAAAAGCUCAGGCACAAGACACUCUCCAUUCCAACUCAACGACCACGAACAAUACCAUUUCGUCGUUGCACAAAAUACUUCAAGAUGGCUUUUAAGCUGUUCAAUUUUCUUGCACUUCUACUGGUCCUCUGUGGGCUUGCCUUUGCCGACUAUGGCUCACUCUCAGCUGAAGUGGUGGCGACGCCUAUUUAUGGCAGGCAAAGCGAUCUUUUGGUAUACCGCGACAAUGUCAAUGUCACCGUUGUCAAUGGCUCCAUGGUCGCGUCGCCGUCUUCUACAAAUAAUUCGCCUUCUAAAAGCAUAAAUAGACGGCUACUAAACGUCGACUUGACAAACAUUAUCAUGCAAGAGCCUGGAUUUGUCCUCCUGAGCCUGUCAUUCGCGGUCAUAAGCGGGGGCAUGGUAUUCCUCUAAGUCUACGCAAAAAGAGUGUACUUUUAUUUCGUUUCAUCUUUUACUUUUCUUCUCAUGUCUUAAAUUUUACUCUCCAAAAGUCACUUCAGCCUUGAUUGUAAGGCGAAUCCUGGAUUAAUAUUAACCAAGUUUGUGUGGGUUCUUGGAGGCGUCACGCUGAGUAUACGGAAAAUGUGGUUGGUAACCCCUGGAGGAGCAAGCUGGACUUUCUUCGUUGCCAAAAGGGUGUCUUUGAUUUGCUGGUGGUAUUCGGCCUAACAAUUUGUAUGAUUGCAUGCUAUUAGCCCUUGUAGCGAGAUGAACAUGAUCAGUUUUG